UGUCUGCUUUUUAAUGUAUCUGGGCCGGAGGAGUGCUCGCGUGUCCCCUUGCCACUUUGUUGUGUGUUCGUCCAACUUGUGGGUCCUUACGGUGGGUUUGUGACGCAGCCAUGUGGCCCCCGUCGUCACACGGCCGGAGGGUACGGAGGCUGAAACACAAGCUGCAGAGGAUUUGACCACAGCAGGUUUCUCAAGAUCUUGAAGCCUGUCUGAGCUCAGGGAUGGCCAUCACCGAACUGAAGCUGAUGUUGGUCCUGUGUCUACACGCCGUCACAGGAAUGUCCGGAUGGGGCGGAUGUUUGGACGGUCAGGAUGUGUACGCAAGCAUCAGAGAAAACAGCCUCUGUGGAGAAGUGGUGGCUGACCUCAUGGCCGACACCCCAGUGGAGGGAAUUCACUGGAGUCUGCAAGGGAAAGAUGCUGAUUGGUUCUUCUUAGACGGAGGAAUCAUUCGUUUGAACACAUCGCCCGAGAAGGUCCUCGACCGAGAGAUGCAGGGUUCCAUCCUGAUGGCAGAAUUGACGUGUUAUGAGGAUGAUGUGCUCCAGAGUGUUUCCAGAGUCAUGGUGGAGGUUCUCAAUGACAACGACAACUUACCGGAGUUUGCAGACAACGCGGUCUACUUUGUUGUUAUCAGUGAGCUCACUCCAGUGAAUACAGUUGCAUUUACAGUCCGGGCGACUGAUGAAGACAACGACAAGAUCUUUUACUCUAUUGACCAAUCUUCACCUGAUGGCGAGUACUUCAAAAUUGAUCUACCAAACAGUGGUGAGGUGAUGCUCGUCAAAGCUCUUGACUAUGAAACCAAAACGGAGCUUUUUCUAACCAUCCACGCCUCUGAAAUGGACACAGACGAGCACUUCAACACCAGCACCAACGUCACCAUCAGCAUCCAGGAUGGAGACGAUCAGUACCCUCAGUUCCUGCCCUGCACGCUGCUGUUUCAAGACGACACUAAUCGAAUUUGCACCAGUCCUGUGUACACCGUCAACGUCACAGAGGGACAAGAGGAUUUUGUUCUGGAUUUCUCCCCCGGUCCCAUUCAUGCAGUUGAUGGAGACCGAGGUCUCAGAGCCCCAGUCAGCUUUGCCAUCCUCUCAGGAGACGACCACGGACGUUUCCUGAUGGACAGAAAGACAGGCGAGGUGAGAUUAAUGCGGGCAGUGAAGGACCGACUGGCGACACCAGCGCUUCACCUUCAAGUCAUGGCCUACCAGGACGAUGACCCCAGGAAGUACACCGUUGCCACAGUGAUGGUCCGUGUCGUUGCAGUGAACCGGUUUAAUCCGGUGUUCGACAUGACCGAGUACUACGGCUUUGUGACAGCCAGGAAGAGUCCUGCUUCUCUGGUUUACACCUAUGGUAACAGGGCGUUGAUGUUACACGUGCAGGACCAGGACUUUAAACAUGGAUUUAAUCCUAUGAUCUACUUCACCUUCUGUCCGACAUCCAAUCACACGCACAUCUACAGAGUCACACAGGAGGGGCUUCUCAUCGCCAGGGCCAAUCAGCUCAAACCACGACAAAAACACUCGCUUCAGGUAAUGGCGAGAGACCAGGAGUCCGGUGACACAGCCAUGGCCACUGUGGUCGUGGAGGUGCUCUCAGAAAGUCAAACAAUUCCUCCCAGCGCGCUGGCGGACGACCGUGUGAUUGGCUGCACCCUGGGCAAAGCCCUGUUUCUUAGCACGGCCUUCCUGAGCGUCGUGGGCUGUAUCGGGACACUGGUCAUGUGGAUCAAGAGGAAACACAAGAAGCUGGACCCCUUGGAGAGAGGCUGUGUGGCCCAGGGCAAACACCCCAACGUGAGCCUAAGAUGGUUCCAGCUGGUGAAUCAGAGCGGUGGUUCGUCACAGGUGGAGAUGUCCUUCAGCAAUCAAGACUAUGGAAGGUGCAACCCUUCCUUUAGCUUCUCAGGCAAAGACCCUCCAUGUUGCCAAGGACCAGUGCAGCCUAACCACAACACGUCAGAUCCCACUGACGCCACUUUGAGCCUGGCUGAAGCCAUGUGUGGCAGCACCAGCACCUUCAACAACAUCAUCUCUACGCCCACAAGAAGCCUCUCUUGCUUGUCUACGUUCCGCCCGACCUCUGUGGACGCGACUCCCUGGCAGGAUAUGGGGGAGAGCUCAGUAACUCCGUCACUGGAUGCAGCCUUCCGUCCUGCCGCUUACGACAACGCCGGUCAAACCUACUCUUCCCCUUGCACGUGUCUCGACUCGGGAGGAAACACUAGCGACGACCCCCAUACCAGCACCUCCCCAUUGUCGUCCCCAGCCAGCGUUCCACGCAGUCAGGCCCGGAUCGCCUCGGCAGAAAUAGACAAACCUUACACCUCGUCAUCCACAAACCCUCUGCACUCCCCGUUACUGUCCUCGCCCCUCGCCCAACAGACGAGCACGCCCCCAUCCACUCCGGAGCAGGGCCCGUUGAAGGCCACGCUGGUCAUGAUCGACACUUCGCCAGAACCGUCGGAGCAGAGAUGGAGCGCAGAGGAGGACCAGCCUUGCACGUCCCUGGACCAACCAGAACGCGGUGAGGAUGAGGACGACGAUGGAUUUUUGGGCGAUGAAGACGCGGACAAGAACAGUGAGGGUGAGUUGGAUCCCGAUGAAGAGGAGCUGCUGAGAGUGAUGGCGAAAUGCAACCCCACCUUUCUCACGUUCACUCGGUGAUGGAGGACGUGGACUCUUAGCACGCGUGGGACUGAAGCAAACACUUUAGCUGACUAAAGGGACUUUGAACGCUUUAAAAGUAAUCUGUAAUCUGUGUUAGCCGGUCAACGUUACAAUUAAAGACAAUGUUCUUACUUUUU